GUUGCUGGUGCUUAUUCCGAGUGGGAAUUGUUCAAGUUUGCGUCAUGAUGUACUUGUACUUGAACAGAUCUAGUUGAAAGAAAUUUUAAGGUCACUAGAGAAGCUUUGUUUACCGAUCAACAACCACAUCUUCCGACAGUUACACGACAUGCAGAAACGAUUAUACUGAAGAAUCGUCUGAUUCUGAUAUGGUGCGAAAUAAAGAUGCUUCGUCAACAAGAAGAGAGAAGACUGGCACUGGCGCUGGUGUAGUCUUUCGGAAGCAGCAUCGAUCUGAAUUCGCACGUAGAGUAUUUCCCGCCGCCGUUUUCGAAGGGUACAACGACAAUGCGAAUAUGCGGCGAAGUGCAGAUGUUGCCGUGCUUUUAUUUUGGAACGACGUGAUCCAAGUAGUACGUAAUGCUGAUGGCUCAACCUUGAUGGAGACGCGAAUAUAUCAAUACAAGACUGCUCGCGCAAUUACGGACGCAAGAAAAAGAGGCGUCGAAAGUUUCGUGGUAGUUCGUUUGGUUGAAGAGGGGGACGAAAAGGAUCAUGUCCGCACUAGCCCUGCGGCUUAAAGUCGCAUUGCUGAGCAGCGCCGUGCGUUCGACGUUGCGCUUCUUGGCAAUGGUAUCCACCAGGCUGCUUUUCUUUGGCGUAUUGCGUCAAAAGAAAGAUUUGGCCAUCCACUUUCUAUUUGAAUAUCCUGAAGACCAAGACCAAGAAGACGCCAUUUCUUGUGUUCCCUCCCUCGGAAAGCAUCAGCAAAGGCAUCAAGGCGGCAGGCACACAAUAACCUCGACGAAGCUUCUUGGGGACUUAUUACUCACUUUAGAGAUAGAGGGCAAGCUUUCCUAUGCAGAUACUGCAAAAAUGUCUGCGAAGCCUAUAGAUCAUUUUUCGGACGAGGACGAGGAAAAACCGCUGCGAAUUUCAGUUUCCGAUCACAUUGACAGAAUGGACUACAGUGUUGCUCACGGGGAUUUCAUCUCCAGAGUUGAGAAAAAAAUGAGCGAGGUACAUGCUGCGAUGUCCCCUGGAGGUAAAUCCAAACCUUCGCCGCCUGAGAUUGUCAAUCGUUUUCGAGGGCAUGGGUGGCGGCAAAGCCGGAGCAUUUCCGUCGUCAUCGGCACGGUUCACCAAGGCAAGGCGAAUCCGGGCGAGACUUGUCUGCAUCUGCCGACGGGAACCGAGUACCUCAUUCUCGCGGUAACUCCCUUUCAUUUUCCAAUCUUGGAGAUGCUGUAUGCUUCCAGGGGACGAGGAGAACACGUUCUCGUAUUUGUCAAAUAAGUAGAAUUCGAGUAUCGACAAGAACGAGGAGCACCAUUAAGUCGAUGCGAAAUGCGAGGUCUAAUUUGAUAGUGUGGUUCUCCGAAAAUCUCCAUGCAAAAAUUCUUUAAGAGCAUGGGAAAUUUCAUGUCUACAUGGUAACAAUGAAACUGUAUACAACCGGUGUGCCAUGACGCGUGGGCGCUAUUGCUGUUUUGAAGCUCUUCCUCUGAUUAUAAUCAGAUUUAGAGAGUGGGAGUGCACAGACACUUUUUGUCUUCCAUCUUCCAAGUAGAAGUAUAGGACGAGGACCUGCACAAACAGCACAGUAACCAGAAAGAAUAGAACUGCUAGGCCUAGGAUAAAGAUCACAAUUAAUUGCACUAUGACACGAGCACUCCAUUAACAUGCUCUAGGGAUAGUACGUGUUUUCAUUUGAAAACACAUUAAUUUGGACUUGAAAGCUAGGGUGUGACACUCUUGUUGAGUAUGUGGACGGAUGGCAACAUGUCAAUUGUCCUACCUCCUUCUAGAUCCAGGAC